AUGCAACAGCCUUGUAUCCAACCAGACGUCAAAAAGCCUCUCUUCUCGACUCCCUUUCUCUCCUGCCUUUCUCCAUCUGCAGCCCUGUAUUGGACCUACACAUUCAAUUGCUUUGGCGACCAGUCGUGGCGCUUUGCCAGAGCAGCCCUGCUCUCGUUAUUGCAUCACUCGUGGCCAGUGGCUGUAGCAAGCUUCACUAGCCGGUAUAUCCAUCUCUUUUCCCACCCUCCUCCCUCAAGCUUCUCUCUCUUUACACUCUUCCGCUCGUGCUGUCCCCUCUCCCCACCCCCGCUGAUGUCCUUCUCUUCUCCUCUCUUCCCUUUCCACUCCUUCACCACCUCCCCAUCUCGCCAACUGUCCCACACAUACCAGCUGGUGGCAUUUGUAGCAUGCCCGUUGGUGGGUAGCCUCAUGGAUGCAGCUCCCAGAGUGCGUGCGUUUAGCACCAUCGUCCUUGCUCAGUCCACAGCCAUCAUGAUCGCCGCAACAGCCAUGAUACACGCCUUGCAACAUGCCUUCCCUGCCGUAGCAGCAACAGCAGCAGCAGCAGCACUGGGUGCUGCUGGCUCAGCUGCCUCGUCGGUUGCUACACCAGCCGCCGCGUCAGCUGCUUCGCCGGUUGCCACAUCAGCCGCCGCGUCAGCGCUCUCAGCUGUCCCCGCAACAGCUGUGUUACGGCAGGGGUGGUUCGUUGUGCUGGUGGUGGCGGGAUGUGUUGACAAACUUAUGGGACUGGCUUCAGGAGUGGCGUUUGAGAAUGACUGGGUUCUUGUGCUUGUUGGGCCGAAUCGGCCUGUGCCUCUGGCGACUGCCAGCGCCAUGCUGAGGCGGGUGGAGCAGAGCUGCGAGGUAGCAGCAGCGCUCAUCUUUGGAUGGCUCAUUGCAGCUUGGGGCCCGCUGGUCUGCGUCAAAGCAUGCCUCGCCCUCGUUGCACUCUCCCUCCCUGCCAUGGGGGGCAUGGUAGCCGUUGUGGCAGCCCCAGCAGCAGCAGCAGCAGCAGCAGCAGCAGCAGCAGCAGCAGCAGCAGCAGCAGCAGCAGCAGCAGCAGCAGCAGCAGCAGCAGCAGCAGCAGCAGCAGCAGCAGCAGCACUAGCGACAGCAGCAGGAAAGGCGCUCUCUCACCCUGCCAUUCAACCGCGAGAGGCUAUUUCAGGCAGCGCAAAGGCAAAUGGAGAGCCAGCACAGGGGAUGGGAACCACAUUACGAAUGGCAGAGGUGGCAGGAUCAGCGCUGGAGAGAGCGGUGGGGGAGUUGCGGCAAGUGGUUGAGGCGGCAAAAGAAGGGUGGUGCUGCUAUGUGCAUCAGCUGGUGAUGCCUGCGAGUAUGGCAUAUGUGCUUCUGUGCUUCAACGCUGUUUUGGCUCCUGGUGGGCUCAUGACCUCGUACCUCACGCUCCAUGGGGUGCACAUGGGGGUAAUAGGCGAGUUCAGCAGCGCGUGUGCCGCCAUGGGGUUCGCGGCUACGUUCGUCUCGCCGCCGCUCGUCGCUCGCCUCGGAGUUCUGCAGGCAGCCAGUGCAGCACUGCUAUUUCAACCGCUGCUGCUCUUCAUCUUGAGGCGCCUCAAAAGUCGUAUUGCUCUCUCCCUCUCCUCUCUCUCCUUCCCAGGUCGGCAGUGCGGCGCUGAUCUAUCAAGCGAUGCUGCUCUUCCUCGCGCUGCUCACCUUCUCGUCAAUCUCCUUUGCGCCGCCUUCUCUGCAGCAAGGCCUGCUGCUGCUCUUCCUCCUGCUCAUCGUGAGUCUGCUACUAACGAGGAAUUCCGUACUGCAGCACUUCCCAUCACGUUCGAAAUCGUCGGCGCGCAAGUCAUCCAGACGGCCGUCCCCGCCGCAUACGCUAACUCCUUCGGCUCCACCGAAAUGGCACUAGCAAGUCUCGCAGAGCUCCUCAUGUUUGCGCUCGCCAUAGUUCUCUACGAUCCGCGGUAUUUCGGCGCGCUCGUGCUCAUGUCCGUUGCUGCCAUCUUUGCCGCGGCUGCGCUCUACUGCUCCUGGCUGGCUUGGCCGGACUCGAGGCUGGGGAAGGUGUUUCCGAACCAGCCGGAGGCUUGGUGGAGGAAGGUGUUGUGUGGAGAAACGAAGUCGGAAGAAAAGGAGAGGGUGGAAAAAGCUCGGUUGGGUGAUCUAGAGAUGGAGAUUGGACGAAGCACAGGGAAUGGGAAGCCUUUCGGGGUGAAGAAGUCGUGCGGUGGUGCUGAUCAAGAUAUGGUGAUCAUGAUUGAUAAAGGAAAGGUAAUUGAGCUAAGCGAGGAGGCGCUAAUUGCUACUGCAGGGUUUCGGGUUUGA